UGGCGAAAGAUUUUUGUACUCUCCUUUUUCACUACCAUAAAAAGUAUUACUGACUCGGGUGCUUCUGUUUACCUGUUUUCCUCUCCUGGAUGAAACCAUUGACAGAACUGUUGCUGCUAUUACCUUUGUGUACUGUCUUUGUUUUCCUGCUCCACAGAAAGUACUCCUGGGCUAGAGCUUUAAUGUUAGCAUGUCUCUUUUUCUUGGAUGAAGCCAUUGAUAGAUCUACUGCAGCAAACUUUGUUUACUGAUAGCGCUUCUCUUUUUUGCCCUACUGACCCACAGUCAUUCAUGGCAGUUAGAUGCACAGACUGAGCUUGGUUCUGUUGGAGAUUCUUUCCUGUUGAAAGGUGGUGGUUCCUUUCCACUGUCGCCACAUGCCUGCUCAAGAUGAGAAACUGCUGCAAUAUAUAAAAUAUAUCUAAAGGCUUCCUUAGAUAUAUUUUGUUCAUCAUUUGCCAGAAAAUUAUCACCUCAAGUUGACUGUAUUAUAAGUUUGUUCUAAUUUAACAGUAUAAAGCUGUCUCUAAAUCAGACUACAUAUACUGGAUUGUUUAGCCUGACUUCAUACUGGACUUCAUAUAAUUGGAUAGAAUUGGACCUCUAAAGUGACCUAAGAUGACACUUGCCAUUGAACUAACAGUAGGGGGAAAACAUUUUAGUGUUACACAAGUGAACAGAGAUAAAAAGGUUUAUUUACACUGUCAACCUAAUCAAACAUGCUGCUUAUUAAUACACUGAUGCGCAGUAAACAGGAUGCCACAGAAAAAUAUCCACUGCUGCUUAAUUACAACCUCAUUAAUAAUUACCUACCAACGUCACUCUGUACGGUACUUUACUACUUCCGAUCUGACUGUGUCACACUAAAGACAUGCUUCACCUCCUUGAUUAUCAAAAGCAACUAAGUAGGUUUUCAAGAUGCCCUAAAUUACCAGAAUCAUCUUCUGCUAAGUCAUCCUUUCUUAACAUUUAUUUCUGAUCAGCUACUUUGAUGUAUGUUAUCGGUCUCCCGUUCUAUCAACUCAGCAUGCAAAUCAUGGAGAUUAGUUAUAACUUUGUACACUACACCUAUUUAUUUCAUAUUUCCAUUGUUUUGCAGUGCUUUGAUUUUAGCAUAAAAUAUAAUCAUCAAGAGAAAAGAACAUUUUAAGGCUGCAGCUCCUAAAAUUACAAUCUGUUAAUUUCCUGUUUCAUAUUUGGGAGAAGCACUAUAAUACCUCUUUAAGAUCCAUUCAAUCAUUAUUUAAGCAACAAACCGGCUCUAUAGCGUAUAUAUAUUGUUGCUUUGAAGAAUGAAUAAAUUAAUGAAUGAAUAGGGCGUUAUUCUCCAAUUUGGCUUAAUUUCACGGUAUGUUAAAAAAAACCCUCAUCUACACAGUCAGUCUAUUUCAAUAUGCACCGUGCAAUGCCAAAUGUCACCAAUGACUUUAACCCCUCCCAUUUCAUGAUCAAAUAAAAGGCUGCCUGCACCUUCAGCUAGUAGCAGAAAUCUUUUUGGUUUGACAGGCUACUUGUUGAGCUACCAAUUUAGAUUAAAAUCAUCAUACAAAAUCAUCAAGAUGAUUCCUGCAAUUACACUCUGCAAUGGAGCCAAGAUGCCCAUAGUCGGCCUGGGAACCUGGAGGGCCGAACCAGGUAAGGUCGCGGAGGCUGUGAAGGUGGCUAUAAGCAGCGGCUACAGGCACAUAGAUGGUGCCUUCGUCUACGAGAACGAAGAAGAGGUCGGGACUGGAGUUGGUGCUAUGAUUAAAGAAGGAGUGGCAAAGAGAGAGGAUUUAUUCAUCGUCAGUAAGUUAUGGUGUAACUUCCAUAUUCCAUCCUUGGUAAGGGGAGCAUGUGAGAAAACUCUCAAAGACCUGAAACUGGACUAUGUGGACCUUUACCUUUUGCACUUCCCAGUAGGAAUGCAGCCAGGGGAUAAGAUCUUUCCAUCAGAUGAGAACAAUGAAAUAAUUACUGAUGACAGCUGCUUCUUGGACACAUGGCAGGCAAUGGAGAAGCUGGUGGAUGAUGGUUUGGUUAAAGCCAUUGGUGUCUCCAACUUCAACAAAGACCAGAUUGAAGCCAUUCUCAACAAGCCCGGCCUCAAACACAAGCCAGUCAACAACCAGAUUGAGUGCCACCCAUAUCUAACCCAAGAGAAGCUGAUCAACUACUGCCACUCAAAGGGCAUCACGGUCACAGCUUUCAGCCCCCUUGGCUCUCCAGACAGACCCUGGGCUUCCUCUGAUGACCCCCGUCUUUUAGAAGAUGUGACCAUCUUGACCAUUGCUAAAAAAUACAACAAAACUCCAGCACAGGUUCUCAUGCGGUUCCACACGCAGAGAAAUGUGGCAGUCAUUGCUAAGUCAGCAACACCUAGUCGGAUAAAGGAGAACUUUCAGUUAUUUGACUUUGAGUUAAGCCAAGAGGACAUGCGGGCAAUCCUGGGCUUGAACAAGAACUGGAGAGGAUUCCCAGCAAAGUGGGCUGCAAACCAUAAAGACUACCCCUUCAAUACAGAAUACUAGCCGAUGCAACACUGUUGCUGUUUUGAUACUUCUUUGAGAAACAAAAUGAACACAGUUUAAUUAAAUUACUACUUGUUUAUUGGAGCCUGCAGGAAAGCUUAUACCAAAAUUGGUAGUGGAGUGGUUAAAGGGGAAGACUGGCUCUGAUGUCCGGCUAACUUGGAAGGUCAAAAAUUUGGAAAGUAAAAGGGAAGUAAAGGGUCUUAAAGAAGACUGAUUUGCAGUUAUGAUUGAAACGUAGAUGAAGCAGGCUUAUCAUGAAGAUAUCAGCUCUAAUCAUUGGACUGUGAACAUUGAUUCGUAUUAACAAAAUGCAACAGCAUUUACAGUAAGGAAGACAUCAGUAACGGUUAGUUACUUUUCCGUUAUGCUUUUUCUCUAAUGUUUCUGUAAUUUUUUUUUGCACUGAUAUCUACUGGCUUUUUUGAAUAAAUAAGACUUGCUGUUUAAAAUGGGAUUUUAAAUGUCUCUUAAUGACUCUUUUCUACUUGAAAGCCCCACAUUUCAUAGAAAAUACCCCAUUUCUAAUAGGAACCUGCAUCAACUUGUGACAUAACACCCCACAUGAUUUUAUUGUACUGCUUAAUACACAGACCAAAUGAGAAGUGAAAGCUAGAGGUUGUUUCGUAACAGGGUUAAUACACAUGACUGCAAAGUGCCACACAUGAAUCAUCCAAAGACAAGCUGUUGGACUGCAACAUGUUUUUCAGUGGUAAAUGCUUGGAAAUUUGCAAAAAACAAAACCUGUAAACCUGAAGGCAUGGUUCUCUCCGCCUAAGUAACAAAUUGAAGGAGUGUAUUUAAAUGCAACAGGGCCUAUCAUAAAAGUACUCUGACCUUUGUAAUGAAAAAGUUCAGCAAAGGGAGAUUUUCCCCUUUUUAAAAAAUGUUGGAAGUUAGAUUUAGAAAAAAAGAAAUCCUGUUAUUUACCAUUGAUGAUAACAAUUAAGACGGACCUCAAUUCCCAAUAAAAACAGAAGAGUGUAACAAAGAAAGGGAUAAAGAAAACUACGCCAAUAUAAUCAACA